AAUAUCAAAGUACGCAAAGAAAACAAUCCAUAUCUUAGUUGACUUGACAGGUGACAGGGCAGUGAAUUGAUUUUUUCGAAAAUGUCGUUAACAGACAAACUUUCCAUGCUUAUGGCCCGGCCGGGCGGCGACAAUGCUCAGAAAGAUGACGUGCCUUGGUGGAUGCGCUACGCUGGUCGGGGAGUUGGAACAGUUGGCGGCUUCAUUGCCAUAAUCCUGGGUCUGCUAAACUGCAUCAGUAUCGUACUGCUGGAUGUAGGGUGCCUCAUAGCCGGUAUCUGGCAGAUGUUGGCCGGGUUCAUAGUGAUAGUGUGCGAGGCUCCGUGCUGCUGCUUCUUCAUAGACUAUGUCCAGACCCUCAGCGAUAAGAUGGAGACGAGGCCUUAUUGGAACAAGGCUGCUUGUUAUGUUGGGCUCUCAGUCCCACCAUUCUUCAUGUGUUUCAUAAGCAUGAGCACGUGGUUCGGCAGCGGUCUGAUCUUCGCCACCGGCAUUAUCUACGGAAUGAUGGCGUUAGGCAAAAAAGGAUCUAUAGAAGACAUGAGGACGUCGGCGGCGAACUUGGAGGCGGGAUCUGGUCAGCCAACGAGCGCCCCGCGUGCCAACCUCGUCACGAAUGAACAGCCUGUCAGCUUCACCGGCGUCCCCGUGCGCAACUGACCUUAUAGUCCUCGUACCCCGUGAGUCUCCUACUUCCUUAUGCGCUCCUGGUACUCCCGAACGCGCUCACCAUGAACUCUUUGGUACUUAGACAUUUGAACAAGCCUUUUUUACUGAUUUCUUAACAGAUUUUAACUUCUGUUCCGUAGGCAUAAGGAUGGCAUUAAAAAUAAAAAUAUCUUAUGUUUUCUGCUGACGACAUUUGCCAUUCCUCCAACGUAAUAAGAGUCAAAAUCUAUUGCACGAACAGCAUAAAAAGUUUGUUAUUAUGAACGGAGUACUGUCUUUCAAAUCUUUUUCCUAUUUGCACGACAAGGACAGGUAUAUUAAAGCCAAAGUAACGUGCAUUUAUCUUUAAUUGUCUUACUAAUUGGUAACUUAUUGACGUAGACAUAAGGUUCAUCUUCCAUUAACAAAUGCGUUUAAAACUUUCAAGAGUUCAUGGUGAUGUGUUAAUGACGUGCAAUUUCCUUGAUCAAUAUUUUUAUCGUUGUUGUUGUGACAGAGUGCUUGUUUUAUACCUAUUUAUAUUUUCUAGCUAAAUAUACUGAAAAUGUUUGUUCUUCAUAAUUAUUGUUAUUGUUCGUUCGUAGUAUAUUGGAGCGCAUACUAAAUCUUACAAAGACUUUAUCAAUGUCUCUCAAUGGUGCAAGUUGAUGAAGCUUCUCCAGUAGAGAUGUAGAGCAAUAUUCACAAUAAAAACUCCUUAGUUUAGUGUUGCCAAUAAAAACCAGUGUCCUCCAUACAAAAUAAUAGUAUUGCCAACAAUAUAAUUUGAGUCUGCUUGUAGAUAGUUAAUAUUUUCGUCUAUGGUAACAUUAAAUAUGUAUGAUAUCCAGUUAUUUGUUAUAUUAUAGAGGUUUAUGAACUAAGCACAUAUUAUAGACAUAUUGUACCAUAUCGCUUGGCCCAUAAGAGGAGAUUUAAACUAAAAUAGAUAUUAUAUCGGUUGCAAUAGAGGCUCUUUUUCAAUAAGUGGUCUUUGUAAUAACAUGUUCAUAAUAAAGGACCAAUGCAUUUGAAAUCUAUUUAAAUGAACCUCAAAAGAAGUUUUUUUAGGAAAAUUAUUUAUUUAUAUGAUCUUAAUGGCUGAUCAAGUUAUUAUGGAGUGGCUUCAAAACUAAAGUAUUAAGGGAAAAUAUAUCUAAUGUUAUAGAGUUACGUCUCAUAUUCAUAUUAAUCGCUACGUCAAUUUUGAAGCCAGACGUUAUAUUGUAAGGAGGAAUUCUUGUACUGUAAACGAAUGCGCAUCAAAUUAAACAUGGACUAGUAUAAACUGACCUUGCAUUGUGUGGAUUUUUCCGGUCGUAACAGGUCAAUUUCUACUAGACAUUUUUAAGUUGAUAAAACAUCAUUUGUGUGUUGUUCUAAGACCCCUAAAAUCGUAACUUUCAUAUUUAUUAUUAUUUUUUGUAAGGAAGCGAUUUGUGGACGUAGUCGAGGGCUGUUAAUAGUGUAAUAAAUUGUUUAAUGUUUAAUUUAUUUGGGAAACAGUGCAACAUGACUUUUGUUUUGAGUUUUAUGACGCAAAUCUGUUGUUUUUGAGGAUAAGAUGAGAUAGGAAUUACAUUUAGAUACAGUUUAAUAAGUAACAGUUGGACAAUUUCGAAAAAAUACAGUUUGGAACUUGUGGCUAUCGUUUUUUGAUGACGCUGAUGGCGCUCUUGUCGAUUAAAAUCCUUUUGGUCUAAUGACCGUUUUCAGUUAAUUAUGUGCACACAAAAGCGAUAAUUUUCCUUAUCUUAAUUGUAAUUGCUACUCAUUUUCUAUCUUUACAAAAAGUCAAGCGUCUAACAUGCAUACAUAUCCUCUAAACUGGCUGGUAUAGAUAUUUAUUUUAAUUAGAAAAUCAUAAUUUCAUGAUUAUUAACAAAAUCAUAAUUAAUAUUGCUCAUAUUUCGGUGAUUAUUUUUAUUUAAAUUAUUAAUUUAGAAUUUGAUGGUAACGCGGCCAUUGUGUAAACGAUUUUGAUUCCAAAAUUAAAUAAUAAUGUUAUAGCAUAAUACAUAGUUAGCGAAAUUUUCUUGACAUUGGUGUAAAGUGUUUACUAUAGGGUCUAUUAUCGUAUAGCUACGCCUUCUUUCGUGCAAUACUUCAUCAAUUCUUAUGAUGGUGUGAUUAUUUUCGGCAGCAUUUUGUUUGAAGGUAUUAAGACAAGGAUUCUUUGCGUUUAUCAAUGAUUUUUACUACGACGAAGCCUGAAAAAGGCUAGUCGUUUUAGAAUCCAAAUAUCAAUUGUAUGCAUUCCGAAAAUCGUACUGAAUUUUAUGGGUCUUUCCUUUUCAUGUCUUAUAUAUUCUAGAUUAUGUAUGUAUAUCUUGCAUGCUUUUAGAACGUAGUUCCUUAUUGCAUUGUUACGACAGUGUCAAUUUGUUGGAACAAAUAUUUCGGUAAUUAUGGUAUUUAGUAUAGUGUGGGGUCGCACUCAAGUUCUAUACGAUUAUAAUGUUAUAAAUAACCCCAGCCAGAUAUAUCGUCGAGAUAGUAUAGAUAUUAUCUACUAGAAAUCUUGUAAUACGUGUUUUAGACGGUUACUACUAGAUUCGGACAGUUAAACGACUAGUUUUAUAGGUCUGAUGAUUUUCUUGACUGGUAACACAUUGCGUUGAGCUGUCAAAUGAUUUGUGACCUUAUGAUCUCGUGUAAAAGGUCGAUGACAAUUUGGGCGGAAGUUUGAAUAUUAUCCGAUCGAAUUUCGAAUGUGUUGCCAAGUCCAAUAAAUAAAACAGCUACGUAAUUAGUUGUUGCAACUAACAAUAAUUAUAUUUAAAACAUAUUGAACACAUUAGAAAUAGAAAUUGUUCUAUAACACAAUUUAAAUAGAUAAAAUUAUAACUGUUACUGCAAUUGCAAGAUAUUUUUGUAAAAUUACAAUAUAGAACGCCACAGUGACUGCAUAAGUAUUAUUGUGUAUAAGAAAGGCCCUAGUCUUAGGUAAUAUUUUGCUAGUUUUAACAUUUUUGCUCACACACCCAAUAUUUUAGUGCAAUAAUUUUUAUUUGAAUUUAUUUGAUGGUGUUGCCAGUAACAGGAUUUUAAAAUGAAUUUAUAAACUUGCAACACAAUGGAAUGUUUGAUAAUGUAACAUUGUGCUUCCUUAUUUACAUUGAUUUUUUUACAAUUAAAUACAUCAUAAUUUUUACAUGCAUCGAUUAAUUUAUGUAUAUUAAGCGAAUUAAUUGUUAAAAUAAGAAUUUACGUUGAGAUUGUAUAUAGUAUAUGCUAUGAUUAAAUUAAUAAGUUGAGAUACAUUCUUGCUUAGCCUAAACACUUACAACUUUGUUAAAUGUUCAGUUAGACAUGUUAUCCAAGAUCGUUACUAGUUAUGUUGCCUGUAUACUUAGAGUUAGUGCAGAGAUAAAAAUAGCAAUAAACUACAUAGCUAUACGAACCUCCUUUUUAAAAUUAAGGUCCCGAUUCUACUCACUUAAUCUGUAAUGCUAAGAUACCAGAAUAGGGGCCUACCAUAUUUCAAGAUGGCGGAAUAGUUGUUUCCCGCCAAAACUAUAACCAAACUUUUGAAGCAGUUACGUAGUUUUUUCAGCAUUUUUUCAUUCAGCAUCAGUAUAUAUUAUUUGUCCCUGCACUGAAACUCAAGUAAUGAGUAGUAAAAGUUGUUUGUAACUUUAAAAUAAGUAUACAUAGUUGUAUAGUGUAAGUGGUUGCAGUUGUUUCUUGUCAAGUUAAUGUUAUAUUUAGGAAAGCAUAUCUGUAAUAAAUGUGUGUAUAUUGA